AUGCGGAGCGAGCAGCUCGUUGGCACAGCUCUCAUGGUUGUGGUGAGGUCCUCUCUGCUCCCGGCCAUUCGUAACAUCGAGUAUGCUGAGAAGAAAACCGGCCUUCAGGGCCUCAGCGGCAACAAGGGCGGCAUCGGUAUAAGGUUCGACCUCUACGACGCCUCGGUCUGCCUGAUGACUUGUCACCUCGCCGCUGGACAGUCCAACUUUGCGGAUCGCAACGCCGAUUACCGCACAAUCUCGAAUGGCCUCGUCUUCCUUCGGGGCAAAACGAUUGAUAGCCACGAUGACAAUGGGACGGACGACUAUGAUACCUCGGAGAAGCACAGAAUCCCAGCGUGGACGGAUCGAGUUCUGUACAAGGGCGAUGGGUUGCGCACAUCCGAUCACCGCCCUGUGUAUGCCGUGUUCGACCUGACUGUGGAUGACGUAGACGAGGUGAAGAAGGCCGCCCUAGCUGACUCACUGGUGAACAUCGCACGGAGCAAGGCUGGUUUGAAGAUAGACGACAGGGUCGAAAGCGCCGCUCAGGGCGGAGUGAGAUCACUGGUAAAAGAGUUUACCUCUGUGUCGCUCGCACCUACGCCGUCUACGUCGCCAAAGCCGCCGGCGCCGCCCAUCUCAAGGGACAACAAGCCGAAAGCUAAGCCGUUUGCAGUGUCUGAGCUGGCACGUUCCAUUCGGCCGCCGCCUUUGCCACCCCGUUCCAACUCCACCCAUUCCGUCAGCUCCGUCGGCAGCGGAUCCCAUGAGCCGAAGCGACGUGCACCGCCCCCUGUUCCCGCUUCCGACUUUCGCAAGAUAGGUCUUCCCAGUGCUGAGAUCACGCCGGUUGCGACGGGAGACUUUGUAUUGGUAGCAUCGCCCUCGAAACCGCCGCCGCUUCCCCCUCGAUCUACGAAAGAGGCGCCUGUCCUUAAAAGCGAGGCGGCGAAGAAGGAUGUGCCACCAUCCCCCCUCGCCCCUCGAAGCCUGCUGGUAGAACCUGCCCUACGUCCAGACAAACCCGGGAUGUCAAUGGCGAGUGAUCCUAAAACGGGCUUGCAGCCUACCCCACAAAUGGUUGAUGUCUCAAAGAAGACCCCACCGCCUGUGGCUGCAAAACCCGUGCAGCUGAAAGCUGCGGCACAUCGUGCUGCAGCGCCGGUUGCGCCCCCCAAGCCGAACCAGCUGAAGGGCAAACCUGUCGUGGAUUAG